ACUGUCUCCCUCGGGCAGAAAUCACAUUUCGGAGAUUCCCAGUUUCCCCGCACGCAGACGAUGCUCGCGCGUCAGACACAGGUGGAUGCGGGAGGAGCGUCGGAGGGCAACUGAGGUCAGGGGACGGGGGCUGAGAGCAGGGGAGAGGAGACCGGCUCGGAGGCAAGGCGAGAGGGAGACCCAGGCGAGAACAGCUGAGACCAAACAAAACCCUGAGGAAGACACUUCCACCGUGGCAGCUUUGGACUCACGGGAGUCGGGUGGACGAGACGACGGGAACGAUGGAGGGACGCGAGCAGCGUGCGACCACAGCGAGGACGACGAGUCCCCCGCCGUAGGACAGACACGCAUUCACGCACAUGAGCAGAAACCCACCAGGAGGAUGUAUGAAGGACGGUGGACAUGGACGCAGCAUUUCCUCCGAGUCAUCUGUCUUUUGCUGCUGGCAGCCGCUCCACCCACAGCACUUGGCUAUUUCCUGGGAGACACCAAGGCGGUGUUGAAUGGCUGUGAGGACCACUGGACCCUGCCGGACAGGUCCGCCAUGCCACUGCUCUUCCAGAUGACCGUGUGCGUGGACAUCCGUGUGGUGCGGCCCGGAGCCUGGGUGGCCUUCUCUUACAGCUCGGUCUACGCACCCAAGCCGGAGCUGGGUCUGGAGGGAGACGACGGGGCGCUGUACGGGUGGCUGCUGAGGGUCCGGCACAGGUUUCCUCUCCGGUUGUCCCCAACUGUCUGGCACAGGGUGUGCCUCAGGAGGGACGUACGGCGCAACUCCUUCAGCCUGGAGGUCGAUGGGGCAAUGGUGGCCGAGAGGACCGUCAUCGCUCAGGCCAUCGCCCCCUCGGGCUCCCUGCGGCUGGGCUGUCGUCCCAGAGACAGACUCUUUGGAGCCGAGCGCGGAGAAGUGGAGCUGUACCUGUUCCGGAUGUGGGCGGACCUGGGCGACCAUGGCCUCUGCGAGGACGGCACGGUGAUCGGCUGGGAUACCCGGUACUGGCGUUUCUCGAGUCUCAAUGCCCGGCAGACAGACCCGAACCUUCUGUGUGGAAUUACGACCUCAUUUGGACGCUUGUUCUCACCUUCAACUGUGCCUUCAAUUACAACUACCUCAAGUCCUGUCAUCGCAACAACUGACUCUCACACGAGAAGUUCCACUCAAACAAAUUGUUACAUCGGCCAGCUCUGUUCCAAUACAGAUGCGUUCUUUUGGAUGUCCCUAAGUGCUGAAGCCAAAAAGAGCAGUAACAUUAAUAAAGAAGUAAAAGACCUGGUGUCAAAAGCAUUGAAGUGCAAUCGUCAACCAGCGAAAUUCCUCGAUUUCUGCCAGCCUGACAAAAAAGUUGAGGUAGUGGACGUGUCCUGUAGUGCAGAAGAGGCCGACGGGGAAAAUAGUGAAAAAAAGGCCCCAAGGAAUGCCACCUGCGGUGUGCUGUUGAAGCUCAGCCCCGCCGUCUCAGCGUGCGAGCUGCAGCGCGCCGGAGUUAUUGCACUGCAGCAGGCUGGAAACGCCAAAAUACGAGCUAGAAUCACUGGGGAGGUGGAGAGAGUCGGUCGAAAUCUGUGUGAGGACCUGAAGUCCCCUGGUGGCAACUUUGUGAGGUGCAAGUUCACAACUUCCCUGGAUGAUUUCUGUCAGUCUAGCACACACUCCAGUUUUAAUUGCUCCCUCCUGGAGCUCAACCACCACGACCCAGGGCAACAACCUGUGACACAAUCCUGCAGUGGGGAAAAGUCUCGCUUUUGCGACUGCACCACGUUCUGUAAUUCUUCAAGCCAGUUUUUUGCAUUAAGAAUUAAUAUCAGAAGCCCGAUCUUUGAUAUUGACACCAUAAAACGUUUGUUGUCACUAAACGAUUGUAAUCCAGUGUUAGGGUCUUGUAGCGAUUAUUCAGAGAUUUCACAGCAGUACAAGCGGACCCAACUGGAAUGCAACGGGAUCACACAGAGCUUUUACAGCUGCGUGGUGAUAUUGGAGAUGUCCAGACCUGUCAACAGUUGCUCCCUGAGUAAAGUUGUGCAACGACUCAUUGGCAGCAACAGUGGUAUCACAGAGGAAAGCCCUCUCGCACGCAUGGUGUUGUGUGGUCCUCCUGGUUACCCUGUUGGUACUCUAUUGGCAUCCAACCUGACCUGGGUUGCCAGUGACCUGUUGACCUCUGAUGUCUGCCCACCUGACCCCACUCUGCUUACAUGUAAGGCAAAUGAGACGCUUGCUGUUAUUCUGACUGACAGUUCCUGUCCGGAGCCUCCCACAACCAAGCAAAGGACGACUCAGCCUCCGACCACCAGCAAGAGUACAAGAUCUUCCGAAGCUUUAGCUCCAACUGUCAGCAACAACAUCCGACAAACUAAUACGACAACUGACAAAACCACAGCAGACCAUCGGAAAAAUGAAUCACAAGGAACAGCUCAGCCCAACAUGACCACUUCACCUGCAACAGUUAACAGUACACAAUCCUCGACAGCACAACCGGUCCUUCAAACGACAUCACAAAAUAUAACUGUUGCUGUCACUGACAGUACAGGAUUACAUUACAAUGGAUCUGAUAACAAAACAUCACUGACACCGUCUCCCACUCACACAACUACAGUCUACAAUGUAACUACAGCAGAUGGACAUAUACCUUUUCCCAUUAACACAACAGUGUACAACAUAACUGCAGCCGGGCUAUUUACAUCUUCUCCAAAUGACACAACUCUCUCCACUGUAACUACAGUUACAUCUCCCACAGCAGUAUACAACAUCACAGCACACAACACAACAGGGCACAAUGUAACUACAGCAGAUACGUUUACAUCUUCAAGUCCAAAUGACACAACGGUGUACAACUUAACAACAGUUAUACCUUCUCACAAUCAGACAACACAGCACAGUGUCACUCCAGCAGGCACCUCCAGAAAACAGCACAACAGUACAGUUACAACGGCCAACACAACAGCCAGCCCAUAUACACCUCUCAGUUCCACAAUUGUGUACAAUGUCACUGCAACCGCCAAUUAUUACACAACAGCAUCUAAAAACUACACAGCUGAAUACAACACUACUACAGUGGACAACGACAGAAGCCCACGCACUGAUGCAAUUACAACAAGUGAUGUAUCAACAAGUAAAACAUCUCCUGAUCACACAAUUGUUUACAAUGUAACUAAAGCAAACAACAACAGCACACUACACAACAUUUCAACCACAGAGUACAAUGUAACCCCAGCUGCUAAUAAUUUCACAACUGCCUCUUACAAUCACACAACAGAGUACAAUGUAACUACUGCCGCUAACAAUUACACAACAGGGAACAAUAUAACUACAACCACCAACAAUUACACAACCGCCUCUCCCAAUCACACAGCACAGUACAAUAUAACUAAAACUACCAACAAUUACUCAACGGCCUCUAACAGUUACACCACAAAUGACACAUCAGUCUCAUCAAAUCACACAACAGAGUACAAUCUGACUACAGCCACCAUCAAUUACACAACGGCCUCUACCAACUACACAUCAGGUUACAAUGUAACUACAAUCGACAACAAUAUCACAAUGGGCUCUAAACAUUACACUACCAACUACACAUCAGGUUACAAUGUAACCACAGUCACCAACCAUCACACAACAGUAUCGAAAAAUUACACAACAGCCUUAAACAAUUCCCCUACAGGGUACAAUAUAACCACAGCUACCAACAAUCACAAAAGUGCCUCCAACAAUUACACAACAUGGUACAAUGUGACUAUAGCCACCAAAAACUACACAACAGCCUCUAACAAUAUAACUACAGAGUACAAUGUAACUACAGCCACCAACAAUUACACAACAGGCUCUGAAAAUUACACUACCUAUUUCACUACAGCCUCUCCCAACUACACAACAGAGUACAAUGCAACCACAGUCACCAACCAUCACACAACAGCCACUAACAAUCACACGACAGGAUACAGUGUAGCUACAGCAGCCAACAACUACACAACAGGCUCUAACAAUUAUACAACAAAUUACACAACAGCCUCUCCCAACUACACAACAGAGUACAGUGUAACUACAGCUGCCAGCAAUUACACAACUGCUUUAAACAAUAACACAACAGAGCACAAUAUGACUACAGCCACCAACAGUUACACAACUGCCUCUAAGAAUAACACAACAGAGUACAAUGUAACUAUAGCCACCAACAAUUACACAACAGGCUCUGAAAAUUACACUACCAAUUUCACAACAGCCUCUCCCAACUACACAACAGAGUACAAUGUAACCACAGUCACCAACCAUCACACAACAGCCACUAACAAUCACACGACAGGAUACAGUGUAACUACAGCAGCCAGCAAUUACACAACGGGCUCUAACAAUUAUACAACAAAUUACACAACAGCCUCUCCCAACUACACAACAGAGUACAGUGUAACUACAGCUGCCAGCAAUUACACAACAGAGUACAAUGUAUCUACAGCUAAUAACAAGAACUUAGAGAAUGGCACAAUUACAACAAGUAAUGCAACGGUAAGCACGUUUACACUGUCUCCCAAUAACACAAUAGUCACUACAGUCUCUAACAACUACACAACAGUAGAGAAUUUAACAACUACUACUCUUUCUUCAAACAACAUGACUGCUGUACCCAUCAGGGAAACACUACAGAACACAACAGCCAGUUAUAAAAACACAACGGUGUCUAACACUUCUCCACAAGUUAAUGAAACUCUAAACAAUGCAACAAUAUCCAUAAAAAACUUGACUGUAAACAACAAUGCUUCUGUUGUCGACAACAGCACAAAACCCACAGCAUCUCCGCUGAACAACCGGACCAAAAAUCGCACCACAGCGAAUGCGACUCUAAGCAUCACGACAUCCAUCAAAAAUGACACCAACUCCACCAUACCUGCCACCACCAUUGAUCCCUCUGCUACUCACAAUGUCACUCCGGGAAUCAGCUACAAUCAGAGCUCCAAUACAAUCAGCUCAACCGCUGCUGUCAACCUAACGACAAAAGACCCAGGAGUCAAUUUGACAACAACUACACCUGCCAAUGCCUACCUUGAGCAUACAUCCACAAUAUCAUCCACAACACCUACUGCGGCUGCUACUGCUACUACCACAUUUGGCCCACCUCCAACCCAGAGUAGCACCACUUCUGCUGACGUGUCCUCAACGUCUACAACAACUCUCCAAACCACCACCCUCACCAGAACAACCACAACGACUAGUACAGCAACUACUAUUUCCAAAACUAUGAUGAAGACAACCAUUGGCCAAGAGGCACAGGAGGAGCAAGCCAAUGAACUGCUGAACCAAACUCAGGAUGCAUCCCAGCUAAACUCCUCCCAGGUGGGGCAGUUAGUGGGGCAGUUGGAGAAGCUGCUGGAUGGCCCCACUGUCUCUCAGUCAGUGGGUCAAAAGGCCAUAGGCAUCAUCAGCAACCUGAUGGACGGCGACCCGGCGGCCCUCUCUGCAUCUGCCAAUCGGCUGAUUCGAGUCGUGGAUAGUGUGGGUCUAAGGGCGGUCGUCAGCGGGGACAGAGAAAUCCUCUCUUCAAAUUCACUGGUGCUGGCCAUCAGGACAGUGGAUGGUACCAACUUCCCGUCAACAUCGGUCAACAUCUUCAACAGUGAUAAUGUCCAGAUCCGUGCUCUCGACAGGUCCCGGUACAAGAGGUCAGGUUCUGCUCUGGGGUCUGUUUUUUUGCCCUCCACCUUGACUGCAGGUCUUAGUCCUGAGCAGCAGCAGCAGGCCAGCAGGGUGCAAUUCACUUUCCACACCAAAAAUGCCUUUUUCCAGGACAAAGCAUUAGAUGACAAAACCCUGGUCAGUCCAGUUCUGGGCGCCAGUGUUGCCAAUUUGUCAAUAAGCAACUUGACUGAGAACAUUCUGUUCACCAUCCAAAAUAUCAACCCCAUGCCUGGAAACUUUGUGGCUUCCUGUGCAUUUUGGGACUUCACUGUCAAUGAUGGUCAAGGAGGCUGGAGCUCUGCCGGCUGCUUUGUUGUCAAUGCCACAUCGGACGAAACAACCUGCAGCUGCAACCAUCUCACUUCAUUUGCAAUACUGCUGGAUUUGUCCAGAGACGUACUAAUCGACCGUCAGCACGCACAAAUUCUCACUUUCGUCACCUACAUCGGCUGCGGAAUCUCCGCCAUUUUUCUUGCCGUCACUUUGCUGACGUACCUUUCAUUUGAGAAACUGCUGCGCGACAUUCCUGCCAAGAUCCUGGUCCAGCUCUGCCUGUCCCUCCUCCUCCUCAACCUGGUCUUCCUAUUGGACGGCUGGCUGGCGCUCUACCCGGCCAUCGGGCUGUGCAUCAGCACCGCCUUCUUCCUGCACUACUUCCUGCUCACGUCAUUCACCUGGGCCGGGCUGGAGGCCCUGCACAUGUACCUGAGCAUCGUCCAGGUGUUCACUCCUUACCUGAGCAGAUACAUGCUCAAGUUCUCACUGAUGGGCUGGGGUAUCCCUCUUCUCGUGGUGAUCAUUAUAAUAUCAGUGGACAAAGACAACUAUGGUCUGGUUACGUAUGGGAAAUACUCAGAUGGCACCUCAGAUGACUUCUGUUGGCUGCGUAACGACAUCGCCUUCUACGUGGGCGUGGUGGCCUACUUCCUGCUGGUCUUCGUCCUGUGCCUGCUCGUCUUCGUCGUCGUCAUGGUGCAGCUGUCGCGCAUCAAGAAGCAAAACCCCCAGAACCAGUCGCCGAACCGGGGAGUGCUGACCGACCUGCGCAGCGUCUCCGGCCUCGUCGUCCUCCUGGGCCUCACGUGGGGCUUCGCCCUGUUCGCCUGGGGGCCGCUCUACAUCCCCUUCGUCUACCUGUUCACCAUCUUCAACUCCCUGCAAGGUUUCCUCGUCUUCGUCUUCCACUGUGCUAUAAAGGAGAACGUCCGCAGACAGUGGCGGACUUACCUCUGCUGCGGGAGGCUGCGAUUGGCUGAAAACUCAGAAUGGAGUCGCACUGCCACUCAGAACAACAGGAAUCCGUCGACGACCACGGCCUUCACCUCGGUUCCACUCUCCACGUCCCGGAGCUCGUCCGUCGCGAGCGAAGGCACCAACAGCAGUGGCUCCGUGUUUGUGGACAGCGGAAUAUCCGACGUCUCCAACAGCGACGUCCUCCUCAACGAGCUCCACCAACGGAACACGGCGGACGUGUCGAGCGUUGGUUUGAGACUAUAUACUCCGGCUGGUCGAGAUUAGGGGAUCUCCUGCAAGAUCGAGUCAACAAGAAAACAAAAGAAAGGGUAAAUCACAGGAGCGGAUCCUUACAGGGACUUGAAGAAAUCCUCAGUGUCAGCUUUAACACCUGACCUCCAUUGACAUGCAGGUCACGCCCGCAGUUUUUCAUUUUAGUUUUAAAGAACAGAUGUGUAAGCGGACGCGAAGAAGCUGAUGCUGCGUUUCCUUAUGCAGUUUAAAGGUGCGAUACGUAAAACGCAUCUUUGCCGCCGAAUGUUGUGUCAUUGUGAGCAGCAGGUGGUGAUGAGAAAGUGAGCUGCCAUUUUUGGAAGCCUUGAGUUUUGCGCUUUGGCCGGCGCCAUUUUGGUUUGAAACCAGAAGUAACCGUAUUUGGAGGAGCAGGAGGUGGACCGGACUAGUUACGUUAACUAAUAUAAUAAUAAAAAAUAUUAGCAGAAUUAUUAGCCAGCCGUAAGACUAGCUAGUUUAGCUACAUUUCCAUAGCCUAGCCUGUUAGAUGAGCUCGACCUCUGCACGCACCACAACUUUUCCUCUCGUCUAUUGAUGUGGAAGCUGUAAAGUAUAAUUCACUACAGAGCCGUUUUAUUUGAAACCACACAGAAUGGCUAAUAACAUGCACUCCCCCCACCAUCAGCAGGGGGGGGGCACUGAAUCAGCAGGAUCUUUAUUGUUUGCAAAAUUGGAAACUGAGCCGGAUGUGAACAAGAGUCUCCAGAUUUGGUUGAAAGCCGCCGAAAAAAACUAUUAACACCUCAUUUACAUAGAAUUCAGUCCAAUUAUUUUGUAUGUAAAACAUAGAAAGAACUUAUUUGAAAUGUAUGAAGCUAUCCAACGGCACACUAUGUGGGAAUUAUUUGUUAGUUAAUCAAUGUUGGUUUAAAGAUAAAGUGUUAUGUUGACAAUUAUUAAAGACAUUUUCUAUUCAAAAAUGUCAAAUGUCAAAUAAAAUGAUUGUCCAUUUCCCCCCGUAUUCUCAUUUCAAUUUAAUUAAAAUGUUUGAGGAUAAAACAAA